GGCAGGGCCAGCCGAGCUCCCGGCGCGCAGGCAGGCGCGGGGCAGUCGGAGCCGGCGAAGAGUGCUGCUCGUACCUGAGACAUCAUGUUCAACUUCAGAUGCAUCCGGAAGUUACUACAGUACCUGAAAUUUAUGGUUUUUUUACUUAUCGAGAAUGCCUUCUGUAUAUUUCCUCUACGUAAAAAAAGUUUUGCCGGUGAAAUAGUGCUUAUUACUGGCUCUGCAAAUGGGAUUGGAAGGCAGGUUGCCUUAAAAUUGGCUCCUUUGGGAGUAAUCUUGGUUCUUUGGGACAUCGAUGAUGAAGGAAACCAAGAAACGAGCAGAUUAGCCCAACAAAAUGGAGCCAGCCGGGUGUUCGUCUACCACUGUGACUGCAGCAAUAGGGAGGAUGUCUAUGAACAGGCAGACAAGGUUAGAAAAGAAGUUGGGGAUGUUACCAUUCUAAUCAAUAAUGCUGGCAUACUUACUGGGAAAAAGUUCUGUGAGCUUACAGAUGAAGAGUUUGAAAAAACCCUCAGAACCAACUUCUUCUCUCAAGUCUGGACUUGUAAGGCCUUUCUUCCAGCCAUGGUGGCCUGUAAUCGUGGGCACCUGGUAAGUACAGCCAGUGGAGCUGGAUUGCUGGGACUCUACAGGUCAUCAGAUUACUGUGCAAGUAAAAGUGCAAUCAUUGGAAUGAUGGAAGCCAUAAAUUCAGAAUUGUACCAUGAAGGAAAGCGUGGCAUUAAAACCACAAUCAUUUGCCCUUAUUUUAUUAGUACUAGGUUAAGCAAAGGCUUCAAAAGCGCGAGACCCUGUUUGUACCCUGUUUAUGAUCCAGAGUAUGCAGCCAGCAGGAUUGUGGAUGCAAUUAAAAAGGAAAAAUUUUAUCUGAUCAUGCCUCCAGCUGUCUACUUACUUGGUCUCAAAAUUUUUGUUCCUAGAAAAGCACUGCUACUCUUUGAGUCUUAUGUUAAGUUCCCUGAGAGCAUGGAAGAAGCCUUCAGUCAAAAGAAAAAGGAUUGAAACCAAAAGUAUUCUGAAGACCUCAAGUGCCAUCCAAUUGAACAUUUUCAGUAAAAAAUCAAUUUAAAUCAUAUUUAUUCCUUGACAAAAAAAUUACUUAUUUUAUGCUAUUUUACAUUGUUCAGCAUUCCAUUUAAUUCUUCACCACUGUCUUUUAAGUCUUUAUGUUGGGCAAUUAUCUGAGAAACUUUUGAAAAAUCACCAAAAUUUAAAAUUAAUUAGGUAUUAUGUUGAGUGACCAAGCAACAACUUUGCAUGGACUGUACUCUCUUCAGACUGAAACUUCAAUGAGGUGUUACUGUGGAACACAAUUCUGUUGUAAAUCAUGGGAAAAUAAAGACAGGAGGAAUACCUCAUGUAUUCUUGGAAAAUUAUGGGUGAAAUCUCUCCUUGUAUUUGGGGAGAAGUCACACCCAUGUUUUCCAACUGUCUUCAAAUUAAAUUACAACCUAAAGGACCUAAAGAACAAAAAAAAUCUCCAAUAGCAGAAGUUUGGAGAUCAGUUACACAAAGUAUGUGCUGGUAUCUAAUUGAUUAAAAUCAAUCCUCAUGUAAAUUUUCUGAAAAUGCUAACAUAAAAUGUUCAAAUAAAUAAACUGCAUAGCAGAAUAGUGAAUCUACAAAGCCUAGUUUAUAAAACCCUAAGGAAUUACAGAGAACAUUUAACAGUCAUCUACUGACCACAUUUGCCAUCAAAAUUUCAUUGUAUUUAAAUGUAUAUAAACUCAUACUUCUAAGCUCCCAGAUACAACUAGUUAUAACAGUACACACUAUUGAAAUCCCUGUGUUUCCAAAGUAUGCAUACAUUCAAUGAAUUCUUUCUUAACGCACCAGUAGAUAUUACAGAAAAAUUUUUCCUCUGAGAGAAGGAAAAAGCCAUCUGAAGUUUGGCUCUUUGGAAAGCAAGGUUUAUUGAUUUUUCUUGUUCAAAACUCUCUAGGUGAUGAGCAAUUAAAUACUGUUUCUCUUUUUAUUAAUGAGACAGCAAAGUCUAAAUUUCUUCCUGCAAAUACCAAUCAUUCUCUCAAUUGCAGACAAAUAUGUUGGGUGUUGGGAUUCCCUUGUUCUGCAUGAAUGUUACAAUUUGGCUCUAGAUCUAUGAUCAUUUUAAAGUGUGAUCACACGAUUCAAUGCAAAUUGACAUGACAGUAUGUUUGUGAGUAUAUUGUUGGCCUGAACAUCUUAAUGCAUAAUUUCAUAGCUGGUGCUGCUGCAGAGUUUGAGAGCAGGGCUCAUGAGGUGAAAAAAAAUGUACUUAAAAAUGAUUUCUGAAACGAGACUCCCACUUGAAGUAGUGUCACAUGCUAGUGACAUUAAUAUAUGGUGGACUAUCUAUCAUUUAAAUGUUAAAGGUUUCAGGAUGAAAUAUUUGCAGGCAAGCAGCUCUUUGUAAGGGCUCACUUUCCAAGAUGUCUUUCUUGUUUUCUGUUUUUCAAACAAAAGGAUAUCAACCUUACCACCUACAUCUGCAGUUUUGAGUUCACUAACCAUAUAGGCAGGACAUGAGUAGGUUAAGAAUAAUGUAAAGGAAAUAAUACCCUAUUUUCUAAGCUAUAUUUCACCUAUUCUGCACAGCCACCCUGCAAAACCUUAUUCUGUAUUGCUGCAACAUCAGCCAAGGGCUCUUUUGGCUCUAUAUUCUUUUCAGGCUAAUCUGCUUGUCUCAAGAAGGAAUUUGUAAAGCUUAUACUUUCUAAGUCUCACAGUGAUCUGUUAGAUCUUCUUAUCAGUCCUAGAAAUCCGUAACUUCCUCUUUUCCAUGAAAAUACCAGGAAAAUAGUUUCAGGGUUUGGGGUUGGUUGGUGGUGGUGGUGUUUGGGAGGGGCGUAGUUUCUCUUUUUCAAAUAGAAAAGAAGUGUGAUAAAUCCAGUAAUCCAAUUCUAAAACUGUAAGCCAAAACCUUCCUAUUAAAGCUCAGAAGAUGCCUUUGAAUAGUCUUCUAUGGUGUUUUUGAAUAGAAAAUCAUUGUCAUAUUUUGAAAUACAGUGUGCCACUUAAGAAAUAUCUCAGUUAUCAACAACUCCUGAGAAUUGUAUGCUUUCUUUGAGGCUUUCAUCUUAUUUGUAAUUCCUCCGUGACAAAAACAUUUUUACUGGAGAAAUUCUGUUAUUAUAGAAGCUACAAAUGAGACUGAAAUACCAUUUAUCUUAACUUUUUUCUAAUUUUUUCUCAUUCCUGGUUUUCUGCAAAAUUGAUGAAGAAAGACCUGUGUUGCUGCACCAAUAAUAGUGAGAUAAUGUGUCAUCAGUUUUUUGCUCUUGUUUUAUGUCCAUUGGUACAGCAUAGCUCUCCAGAGCACAUUUUUCAUAUAAAGGAAAUUGUAGUAUUGAGUAUCUUAUGGAGAACAUUAUUCGAAUUAUAAGCAUUUUGAGAAAGAAAUGUUUGAA